AAUUAUUCAAGGCAACGAGAAUGGUGGAAACGAACACCUCGACAAGAGUAAGCAGCAAGACAGCAAUGAUCUUAGAACACUGGAAAGUACAGUACUGGCCCAGCGAAAAAGAAUUAGUUCGAGACGCGUCUUGGGUUAAGUAAUUAGUACUCCCAGCGCAGCAAUUGCCCAAAUGCAGUGUAUAUCGUGAGUCGUGACGACGUCACCCUCCAGAUUGCGGCGUGAAUUCUUUCCAGAAACAUACCCAAAUUGUAUUUCCUUAUUAUUUUUCUUAUAAUGCCUCCAAUAAAUUCCUGAAACGCCUCCUCCUCCGAUUUUCUUCUCUCUCUCUCUCUCUCUCUCUCUGUAAUUUAUUCCUUCUGCUCGUCAGAGCUGUUGAUAGGCGAUAGGCGGUAGGCGGUAGGCAUUUCUUGUUCCAUCAUUUUUUUUAUGCUGUAAAAUCUCUGGAAAGUUGUAGAAUUGAUGUAUUUUAUUUUUUUGGAACUUCAUAUAUCAUAUUAGAAGCUCAGGUAUUUGUUUUUUAGGGUUUUGCUUGCCGUGAAUGUCAAUGCUCUGUUGCUAUUUUUUUAUGUUUUGGAGGUUUUUUCUAUAAAAUUGGAACUGCCAUUUGAUUCAUUGAUUCGUUCGAAGUGGCAGUCCUUUCGACUCUGGGGGAAGUUCAGAUCUUCGAUUUUUAGGGCUUUGCAUUUGCUUAUUUGUCGAAGCUCUGAUUGCAAGGAGAGCAAUAGUUCUUCAACACUCUGACUUCCUUGAAUCCGUUUUGUUAUCUGAAACCCACAUUUUUUAUACAAGGCGUAAAUGUCUAGUGUAUAGGGUUUAAGAAGAACCCUUCGUUUUUUUUAGGGAUUUUAGUUGGUCUGUGAGGAGAACGGCUCUCGGGUACUCUUUUUCUAGGGUUUACGUUGUGGUGGAGUAGGCAUUUGUCUUUUGGGGGUUUAUCAUCUCUUGUUCUGCUCGAUUGUUGUUAUUCUGUUUCGAGAUUCUUAUACUUUGAGGGGUUUUGAUCAUGGAGAAGGAUAAGCCUCCUUGCCAUGGAGGAGGUUUGCCACCUCCCUCAGCUCGUUAUUCUGCUUUUUCGUCGCCGGGGAAUAAUUUCACUGCGAAGUCUGAGCCUUCCUCUUCUCCAAUGCCACCGCCAGCCCCGGUAUCUACUCCAGAAUCAAGUCAUUUUGGUCAUGGAUUGUCGUCUGAUACCAACCAUUUUAGCCAUGACAUCAGUCGGAUGCCAGAUUUCCCUCCAAAGAAUCUUGGUCAUCGGCGGGCUCAGUCUGAGAUCCUUAGUCUCCCAGACGAUAUCAGCUUUGAUAGUGAUCUUGGUGUUGUCGGUCCUGGAGACGGUCCUUCGCUGUCGGACGAUACUGAGGAAGACCUCUUUUCCAUGUACGUUGAUAUGGAGAAAUUUAGUGCAUCUUCGGCGACAUCUGGGUUUCAAGCAGGUGAGAGGUCAACGGCUGCAGCAACUGCAACUCCUUCGGCUGAGAAUUUAGUUGUUGGUGCUAAUGAGAGGCCAAGGGUUAGGCAUCAGCACAGCCAAUCCAUGGAUGGGUCAACCUUGAUCAAAUCGGAGUUGCUUGUUUCAGGCACAGAAGGACCUUCUGCGGCAGAAACCAAGAAGGCCAUGUCAGCGGCUAAGCUUGCUGAUCUUGCCCUCAUUGACCCAAAGCGUGCAAAGAGAAUCUGGGCAAAUAGGCAGUCAGCUGCAAGGUCAAAGGAGAGGAAAAUGAGGUACAUAGCAGAACUAGAACGGAAAGUGCAGACCCUCCAAACAGAAGCAACCACACUUUCUGCUCAGUUGACCAUGUUGCAGAGAGAUACAAAUGGUCUGACUGCUGAAAACAAUGAGCUGAAACUCCGUCUGCAAACAAUGGAGCAACAGGUUCACCUUCAAGAUGCCCUGAAUGAAGCUCUGAGGGAAGAAGUCCAACGUCUCAAGUUGAUGACAGGGCAAGCCAUUCCCAAUGGCGGGCCCAUGAUGAACUAUGGAUCCUCUUUUGGAAUUGGAUCCAAUCAGCAAUUCUAUCCCAAUUGUAACACGAUGCACACACUCCUAGCUGCACAUCAGUUUCAACAGCUCCAGAUUCAUUCUCAACAGCAGCAGCAGCAGCAGCCGCAUCAACAUCAGCUUCAGCAGCAACAGAAACACACACAACCUCAACAACAGCAAUUCCAGCAGCAGCAACAAACUGGGGAUUUGAGAAUUAAACCUCCAUCGAUUACUCCAAACCAGGGAGAGAAAACAUCUGCGUCCAAUGACUGAAGGAAAAAUCAGGGGAUAGCAAUUGUUAUAUUUUUUAUUAGGAUCCAUUUGUUCAGACGCUUAAGGGGCAAUCAAAUUCACCAUCAAAUGUUUCAUCUAUAUUCCGCCCAUUUACAUUGAAACAAACCUUAGGGCCCUCGGCCAGGUAGGAAGGAUAUUUCCUUUUGCAUUAGCAUCCAUAUAAUGAACAUGAUAUUCUUUCAGUACUGUUUCAUUAAAUAUUUUUUUAGAUUUAGCCUA